UCUCCGACCCGCCGUCUUCACGUGGCUCCGGCGAGAGGCGCUCCGAGCCAAGCCUCCACAGCGUCAGUCCGUUGCGGCAGCAGCAGGAGACAACAUCCCAAAACAUGGCUGUGGAGCUGGAGCCCACUGAUGUGAUCCGUCUGAUCAUGCAGUACCUCAAGGAGAAUAACCUCUACCGCACGCUGAUGACCUUACAGGAGGAAACCACGGUUUCUCUCAACACCGUGCAAAGCAUCGAGAGCUUUAUAGAGGAUAUAAACAGGGGCCACUGGGACUCUGUUCUGCUGGCCAUUGAGUCUCUCAAGUUGCCUGACAACACACUGAUUGACCUCUAUGAACAGGUUGUAAUGGAGCUCAUUGAAAUGAGGGAGGUGGGUGCUGCCCGUUCGCUCCUCAGACAAACUGACCCAAUGAUCCUGCUGAAUCAGACCGAGCCAGAGAGGUACGCCCAUCUGGAGAAACUGCUGACGUGUCCUUACUUUGACCCUCGAGAGGCGUACCCAAAGGGCAGCAGUAAGGAGAAGCAGCGCAGAGCCAUAGCUGAGGCUUUAGCGAGAGAGGUCAGUGUGGUGCCUCCUUCUCGCCUCAUUGGACUCCUGGAACAAGUCAGCUAUAUGAAGCGACAGAUAAAUCCAGGUUAUCUUUCCCCUGAAAUGACAAUCGACACAUUGACAAACAAGGAGCAGCAAGCGGAGAAAGAAAGCUUUCCAUCUCAGCUGUACCGACACAUAAAGUUUGGACGACGUUCACACGUGGAAUGCGCCCGGUUCUCACCUAAUGGGAAAUAUUUAAUCACCGGAUCAGUGGAUGGGUUUAUUGUGUUCUGGAACUUCAACAGUGGAAAAAUUUGUAAGGAUCUCAAGUAUCAGGCCCAAGAAAGCUUCAUGAUGAUGGACGAUGCUGUGCUGUGCAUGUGCUUCAGUCAAGAUGUAGAUCUACUGGCCACAGGAGCUCAGAAUGGCAAAAUUAAGGUGUGGAAGAUCCAGAGUGGCCUGUGUGUGCGAAGGUUCGAGCACGCUCACAGCAAAGGCGUGACUUGUCUGAGCUUUUCAAAGAACAGCGACCACAUCCUCAGUGCCUCAUUUGACCAAACCAUAAGAAUCCAUGAGCUGAGGUCAGGCAAGACGCUGAGGGAGUUGAAAGGACAUUCAUCGUUUGUAAACGACGCGUGCUUCGCUCAGGACGGUUUUCACAUCAUCAGCGCCUCAGCCGAUGGCACUGUUAAGAUUUGGAGCACAAAAUCCUGCGAAUGCAUUCACACGUUCAAAUCCCAGUCAAUGACGUCAGAAGUCCCAGUCAACAAUGUGAUUCCUCUUCCCCAAAAGCCUGAGGAGUUUGUGGUGUGUAACCACUCCAGCAUGGUGGUCAUCAUGAACAUGCACGGUCAGACAGUGAAGACUUUCUGUUCAGAGCAGCCAGAGAGAGCAGGCUUUGUGUGCUGCGCCGUGUCACCCCACGGGGAGUGGAUCUACUGUGUGGGGGAGGACAGCGUGCUGUACUGUUUUAACUACACGACAGGGAGGCUGGAGAAAACGCUGACUGUUCACCACAAAGAUGUAAUUGGCAUCGCUCACCACCCACAUGAGAACCUGAUUGCCACAUACAGCGAGGAUGGCCUGUUAAGGCUGUGGAAACCUUAAGCUGUCACCUGCAUCCUGCUGUGGAGGAGCUAGGCAGUUGUUUGUGAAGUUCAAAAGCACUCAGAUCAACUCAAAGGGAUAGUUCAGAAUUUUUUUUUUUAUGUUAUGUGAAUUUCUUGAAAAAUUCUACACCAAUAUCUCAUCUGCAGUUCAACAUCUUCAUACAGUAUGCAUAAUUUAUUGUAAGUCUAGAUUCAUCCUAAAGGAUGAAGCUAACGGUAAUUAAGAGUGAAACCAAAGUGGACUCUGUCCUUCUUCCCAAUGUAUUGGGUUUACUGGAUGCUCACUUGACCUUCAAAAUCAGAAGAUAGAAAAUAGAAUUGGAAAAGCAACGCUUGAGUACAAACAGAAGAUCUCACUUUAACAUGAACUGCAGGUGUGUCUGGUGCACAUUUAGUUAAACUUUCUUCAUUUAGUGAAGUUACUCAUAGUGGGUAGUGUAGCCAGAAAUGUUACUCAAGUAAGUGUAGCGAUGCUUCAUAAUAUUACUCAAGUAAAAGUAAAAAGGACAGUGUAGUAAAAUUAUUCCCCCCGCCCCCCCAAAAAAUUACUCAAGUAAUUGUAACUGGGUAGAUGUAACUAUAGCAACUAUCAUCUCUGCUUUUAAGAAAGCCUCACUUGAAAAAUCCUGAACCAUCCUAGUAAGAGUAGUAUGGUGUUUGUUUUAAACUUUUUUAUAUUGAUACAAGUCUUAUUAAAAUGAAUUUUACAUUUUUAAAGCAAGACAUUCAGGAUACAGUGUUAAAGAAUCAACCAUAUAUUUCUUAUUUACCUUAAUAUUUAAGGUCAAGCCAGGUCUUUAACUGUUUUUAGUUAUUAAUAUUUCAAAAAAGAUUAAACCUACCAUUUGACAGCAGCGUGAACUUUGUCAACUCUGCCUAGGACCUCCAUGAUGCUCCCUGUGAGUCCAACUUCACUAGUGCCACUUGAAUCCAACACUCUCAUCUCUUCUGUCUCUAACAGACAUGAAAAUGCAUGAUGGUGAACUGUUGUGAGAUUAUUUACAAUAGAAACUGCCUAAUGUUUGGGCAUAAACAAUAUCAGGUAUUUGAUGCUUUCCUGGCUUUGGUUUGUAAAGAUGCUUCCCCUCCCACCCUAAUUUGCUCUGUGAUUUAUCUGCAUGCUACCUCAGUUCACCGCCUUGCAGUGGAUCUAUAAUAAUUUAGAGAUAUGCAUGCUUAAAAACGGCAGAACUCACCCGGGUUCCAGUCCGUAUCCUGUCUGCAAUUGCAGCAUCAUUUUGUUGUACGUUCCUGUGCAUGCAUGCAUGUACAUGCCCGCAGGUAACAGACUGUCCACUGUUUAUUAUGUGUGAUAUUAUUUGUUACUGUAGUGUGAAGUCAUUGCACUCUAUUUUUUGUAUAUUUGCUAUAUUGUGAAUAUCAUACAGUCUGACACAGGAAGAAAAAAAAAAGGAGUAUAAAUAAAUUAACACAUUCAAAAUUGA